AUGGCACUUAUGAAGAUAGGGGCUUUGCAGAAACUAGCAGCUGCCCGGAGAGUUGGCUUGCGGCCUACAUGGAGCCAACGCGCAAUUUGUCCACACACUGCGCCUGCACGUCUUCCGCUCACGGCGCGGUUUUUGUCCACCUCGAACUCGUUGAAACUGACCGAAGCUGUUGAAAUAGAGAACAAGCCAUCGGCAGAGACGGAAGAGCGGCAAACGGCCUUCACUCCCCCCCAGCUCGUAUUCGAAGAACAUGGGGAUAUUCGUGAAUACUUGGCCAAAUGGCAGGUCCUCAAUCCCCUGGACAUGGAUCCGGUGCGACAAUCCAACUCCACUCACCACAGGGAGCCAACUCCAACCGUCGGAUCGAUGCCUAACAACCGCGAGGCGCUGGAUGUUUGGGGUGUUCGAGAGAGAAGGAAUGAGAACACGGAGAAUGAGAUGUUUGGCAGUGACCAUCUGGAACCAGGUGAUCUGAUUGCCCGUUUGGAUUCAUAUGGAGCGUUUAGCUACGGCAUUUACGUGCGAUCUAUCCACAAACAAAAGCAGUUCUAUAUCACCAACGGCAAUUGGCGCAUUAGCUCGACUAUCGAGCUCGACUAUGUUAUCAAAGGGUUUGCCCCACCUGAGCUCCUUGAGCCUUUGAAGGAAUGGUUCCCAGAUGCCGAAGCCAUUCCACAAGCAGAUAUCCAGGUGGCCCCUGAAGGAGGUCUCCCCAGGCCAGUUGGUGCUCCUCUUUUGACAAUGAUGAGCAACUUCAAAACACAUAUUGUGGAAUUCUACCGGCAACACUCUCAAGCCCUGGACAGUCUGCAUGAGUUGGUGGCAGAUGAUUCCGAAGUUACCUGCUUAACCCUUGAUCAGUUGACAAUGACUGCUCUUGGUAUUGAGGAGUCGGAACUGAACAGCGUCAAUACAUUUGCUGUUCACCAAGCUGUCCGGCGUCAUCCAUUCCUCAUUGAAAGAGACAACGUCUCAGUCUUCAGCCAAAACUAUUUGGUGCAACCAAAAUCAGUUGCAAAAACGAUCAAUCAGGUCGUUGAAUGGACCCAUGAACACCAGGAUUAUUUGGUUCGGUCUGUGAUGGGUAAAGACGUACCGGGGGCUAGGGACAAGCCGAUGCAGCAGUUUCUUUCCAAAGCACAGCGGUUGAUCCGCCUCAGCAGAAAGGUCCGUUCUCCGACAAUAAUGUCCAGCGUGGGACCAUCUGCCCAGAAGUUCCAGCCUGGUCAGGAUGGAAACCCUCUGGUUUACCGAGACUUCACUACGGAGACUUUCAAUGCAAAUGAUCAGAAGAUUCUUGAGUUUUUACAGCUCUACGCGGUCCCUUCCACUGUUAUGCCGUCUGGCACAUUGAGAUCAACAGCAACGCACAUUAUGCGAGCAACAGGAAUGUACAAUGCUCUUGGUUUGAGUGAGGCUUCAACCCGGCUUUUCCUGCAGGAAAUCGGUGUCAUUGCUCCGUGGGAGAAUCUCUACCCCCUAGACCAACAUUUGAUGCUUCCUGGACAUGGUGGUUCUAUUAUGAAGGAGUUGGAACAUGAGGAGAUAGAAGAGACUUGCGCAAACAUGACAGCUGAUCUGCUUCAAGAUUCAAUGCAAGAUCUAAGAAAGGAUUGGGGCGAUCUCCCAGUCUACUGCGUCGAUGACGCAACAGCAGAAGAGAUUGACGACGGUGUGUCCUUGGAAAAGAUCCCAGGAUCCGACGAUACAUUCUGGGUGCGCAUUCAUGUUGCCAACCCAACUGCUUUUUUGAACCACGAUGAUCCUAUCAUGCGAAAUGCAGCCUCACGAACUACCACUACCUAUAUCCCGGAGCGGUCUUAUCCCAUGCUUCCAAAGUCUCUUACUCAAGAACACUUUAGUUUAGCGCCUGGUCGGCCUGUUCUCACAUUCAGUGCUAAGAUGAAUCUACAAGGAGAGAUUUUAGACACUGAGAUCAAAAACGGGAGAAUCCACAAUGUCAUUACGAUCACGCACGACACCCUCCGCAAACACUUCAACAAGGGCUCUCAGGAAUCUAAAGUCACUUGGACGGUAGGCGGCGAGAUUACCGAACCACAAAUAUCCAAAACCAAGAAUGUCCACGAGACUUUGCUUCCCGAAGACGAAGAACAAUUCAAUACAUUGCGUCAAAUCAUGCUCGCACUCCGCCAGCAACGAGUCAAAAAAGGUGCUAUUGACCUGACACCAUUGCAUGCUUCAACCUCUGUAGCAGUCCGAAUGGGAGGACCAAUAAAGCCAUACGAGAUGCAAACCAGCGAGGGACGGUACUAUCUCGGAGACCCAAUCAUCAGUCUCGGUGUACACAACAUCGAUCCAUACGAGGUCCGUGACGGCUCCAAAGAUAACUUGAUCUCCCUGAUAAUGAACAUGGCUGGAAGUGUCACUGGCCAAUUCCUCGCCGCCCGCAACAUCCCUGCUGUCUUCGAUGGAACAUGGUAUGAUCCAGAGUACCAGCGCGUCACGAAAGAGAACGUUUCCGAAUUCUGCGGCAAGAACUAUUACGCUCUCAGUCCGCCAUUGAGCCACACGAAUUCAAGCCCUAUCCCUCACCAUACGAUGGGUCUGGACGCGUAUGUCAAGAGCACCAGUCCGCUGCGUCGUUUCGGCGACAUCAUCGCACACUACCAAAUUGAGGCUGCCCUACGCUUCGAGCACGAACAUGGCCGUCCGUUCGAUGCCCUCGUUGACAGUCCCGAAGCAGUGGAGCCUGCCAUUCCAGAACUCAAAACAGAAUCUGCAAAUAUCGAGGAACUCGAGCCUGUUACUUCAGGAAUCGAAGCAAAAUCUGCCAAUAUCGAAAUAGAAUCCAACGAAAACACCCCUCCUUUCUCCACCUCCACCUCCACCUCCAUUCUCCCCUUCUCCAAAUCCGACGUGGAUGCCCAACUCGCACACCAAGCUCCAAUCCAAGCCCGUCUCCACCAAGUGCAAGACUUCUCAACCGAGCACUGGAUCUGCAUGUUCCUCUUCCGCGCAUUCUACUUUGCCGAAUGCGACCUACCAGAAACAUUCCCCUGUCUGAUCCGUAUGCCGCGCAACAGACCUCGACAUGAAGACCCGGGAUAUGCUGCUUCAAUCACUAACCUCGGUCUAGAGUGUACAGUUACUAUUCCCCCGUCAUUCCCGGAUAGUGAUAAACUUGAGUUCUUUUCGCUGGUCGAGGCCAAGAUUAUUUCGGUCGAUAUGGCUACUCUGAGGGUAACGUUGGAAGCGGUGAAAUUCGUCAAGCCGUUUCAGAGGACGGGUGAGUGGGCCUGA